CUCUAACAGAUUUCUCUAAUUGUGAGCCACAUCCCCUACAACUCCAGCUCUAAGUGACACAUACCCAGGCUGUCCUUGGCAGAACGGUGGGGAAUAGGAACUGUAUUUCUCAGGACCCAGUGCUCUUGUGCAGUUCCUCAGGAGUCAGGGAUGUGCGCUUGUCAGAGCGGGCACUGUCGUGGGGUGGGGCGGAGAGCAGAGGCUCCUCGGGAAGGCGGGCUGGCCUGGCCUUGACUGCGCCCCGGAGCUGAGUUCUCAUCAUGCUCCCCAAUGUCUCUGAGAUCUCGUCUUCCCAGUCUAUUCUUCUCUUAAGAUCUGAUUUCUUUUCUUAACAUACUCGAAUUUGCCCCCUAGUCUUAAAUCCCAACAUUACCCUCAUAUUUCUUUCCUUGGAACUCUCACAGUAAAAUACCUGUGUCCACUGGAUUUGCUAACCAUUCAUUGACUUCCUAUAUGUAUUAGAAGCUUAGAGACAAUACUAGACAAUAGGGUAGGAAAUUAAAUUUUAGUAGCUGUGUGCUAAGUUCUUUCACACACACUAUCUGACUUUAUCACUAACAGCACCUUGGUAGGUUAGGUUAUCUUGACCUUCACGUUGGAGGUUAGAGAAUUCAGAAGGUAAGUCACCUGCGCAGAGAAAGUAGGGUCAGCUCAAGGGCACAGGCUGUUAGGAGCCCAUGACUGCCUGGCCCAUGCCCAUGCUGUCCCCUACAAGCAUCUUUAUGCUUACAAAGAUCUUUGCAUACCUUGAUUGGAGCCUCACAAACUGCAUUUGUUUUGGAGUAGCAGGGUGAGGAGUAGUAUCUGCAUUUUAUAAAUGGUAGUGAGAUUGUGAGAUACCAAGUUACUUGCCCCAAGUCACAUGAAGCUUAGCUUUUCUGUCUCCUAUGUAGUACACAUGUUGCCACCAUGAAGCUGCCCUGCAGGGCGUGGCAUAUGUGUUGAAUGGGUGGUGAUCCAGAUUAUGGUAGGUGUGCAAUAAGUAAUUGUCAAGUUAUACCAUUGAAAAUUAAUAAUGUCACUGCCUAGAUGUCUCUAGUUUCCUUUUUCCCCUGUCACCUCUCCUCUGGGCUCUCCUUGGAGAUCCUUUUUUCCCAAGAAAGUCCAUCACCUUUAAUCAAGACAAAGAGCAGAAUCCACAUCUCCUCAGGCAGGUGCUGCGAUGAGGGCUUAAGAAGGAAGGGCCCUCUUCCAAGACACAGCUGAGUGGACCUGACAGUGUUUGCUCUCCCACUUCCCACCUCAGGCCUUCCUUGGGUCCUGGCGUGAGGAGGCUGUACUGAGACUUUCCCCUGCCCCCAGGUGGCAGAACUGCAUUUGUUCUGGAGUAGACAGGCCCGUGAACCUCUGCUUUCCUGUUCCACUGGCCUCGGCCUUGGCAGUCAUCAAACUAGUACCCUGCCCCAUCUCUCCUCCCUUAAUCCCGCCCCCACCUCUGGCUCCACCCCACGGCCCUGGACACAGUAUACACAGCCCAGAGCCUCUGUCCAAAGGGAAACAAAGGGGACUGCCUGGGUUCCCAUGGCUGUGGCCAGCACCUUCGUACCGGGGCUGAACCCUCAGAAUCCUCAUUAUAUCCCGGGGUACACGGGACACUGCCCACUACUUCGGUUCAGCAUGGGCCAGACCUAUGGGCACAUGACUGGUCAGCUACUUCGAGGAGCUCCUGGCCUAGCCUGGCCCCCCGCUCGUCGCGUUCUCCUGCCUCCCAUUCAGCCUCCGAGAUCUCCCAAGGUUCCCAGGGGAAGCCCGCCUGUCAGACAUGGGCAUAAAAGGCUCAGUUGCAGCAUGAUCCCUGGGUACACAGGUUUUGUCCCCCAGGCACAGUUCAUCUUCGCCAAGAACUGCAGCCAGGUCUGGGCUGAGGCUCUGAAUGAUUUUACCCAGCGGCCUGGGGAGCGAGGGAAGCAGGAGCUAUCAAAGGAGGUCAAGGGAGAAGACGUGGAAAAAGACCAAGAGCCAAAGCCUAAGUCAGAGCUGGAGGAGGAGGAGCCAGAGCUGGGGCAGGAGGCAGGGCAAGCUUCCCCCUAUUCCAUGGAUGACAGAGAUCCUCAUAAGUUCUUCAUGUCAGGUUUUACUGGUUACGUGCCCCGUGCCCAUUUCCUCUUCGGCUCCAGCUUUCCUGUGCUCACCAACCAGGCACUGCAGGAAUUUGGACAGAUGUACUCACCGGGCAAACCCCAGAUGGGACUCAAACAUCUCCCCCCACUUUCAAGGACCUACCCUCCGAACCUGGGCCUUUUACCUAACUAUGGGGGCUAUGUGCCAGGGUAUAAGUUCCAGUUUGGCCGCACAUAUGGGCAUCUCACCCACAAUGCUCUGGGCCUCAGCACCUUCCAGAAACAGGUCAUGGCGUAGGUACCUGGACUGCAAGUUCUCUCUUCCCUUUUCAUCUUUCCCAGCCAUCCUUUUGGAAGAGAGAGAGAUGGG